CUAUAAAAAAAUGUAUCUAUAUAAAGUAAUUUGUUAUAUUUAAGGCUUUUCGAAAUCAGGUAUGUAAACAGUUAUACAUCAGGAAUGUAUGUCAACAAAGAUCAGAUUGCUACCAUGUAGCCGUUGAAUUUUUGUCAUACUGGAGAUAGUUCACAGCAAACACUUGUAGAGUAAAUAGCCACCCACUUAUACACACUUUACAAGUUUAGUAAAUGGCAAGUAGGGACAACUUUCGCCGCAGACACUCCCCUCAAACUUGGACGUGGAUGUCUGUGUCUCUGAUUGGUUGGGAAGCACGACUGACAACACCUGCUUAACUCCUUCAUCAAAAUUGACACCCGGGCUCCGGGAAAUAUAGCUAGCAUCCAUUCCUCUUCCACGCUCACUCCCCGCGUCACCCCGAGCAGCGGUUACAACACAGGAACCAGAAAAUCCCAGGGGUUACCGCUCCAUUUAAAUAUAGACUUACAGCAACAAUAUCCAGAUCUAAUUGUGGGUCACUGUAGAUAUGUUGGUCAAAUGUGCAGUAGCGCUAUUGGUUUUUUUAGUCUUUGAACAAGUAGUGGGGACGGAUAAUAUCGAUUUUCAUGACAAUCCGCCAGAAAAACCGGCCAGCCAGAAAGGACGGCUCUCCUUACAGAAUACAGCUGAGAUCCAGCACUGUCUGGUGACUGCGGGCGAUGUUGGCUGUGGCGUUUUCGAGUGUUUCGAGAACAACUCGUGCGAGAUCCGCGGCCUGCAGGAGAUCUGCAUGACCUUCCUGCACAAUGCCGGCAAGUUUGACUCACAGGGUAAAUCCUUCAUCAAGGAUGCCCUGAAGUGCAUGGCGCAUGGCCUGCGCCACAGGUUCAGCUGCAUCAGUCGCAAGUGCCUGGCCAUCAAGGACAUGGUGUUCCAGCUGCAGCGCGAGUGCUACAUCGACCACAACCUCUGCUCGGCUGCCAAGGAGAACAUCAACGUCAUGGUGGAGAUGAUCCACUUCCAGGACCUGUUCCCCAAAGGGCCAUAUGUGGAACUGGUAAACAUUCUCCUGAGCUGCGGCGAGGAAGUAAAGGAGGCCAUCACGCGCAGCGUGAGGCUGCAGUGCGAGCAGAACUGGGGCGCCCUGUGCGAGAGCCUGACCCUGUGCUCCCCGCAGCCCAACGCCCCGGCCCCUGGGGCACCAGGGGGACCCCCAGAUCGCCGCCCCGGCGCCACCGCCACCCUCCCCCUCCCCGUGCAUCCCGACGUGGACAACCCCAAAAUCUCCCGGCAAGAGAAGCCCAGCAAAGGGGGCUUCAACAUGCACCCCAGGAGUCGCGGACAGGGAUCCCGCCGCGUGAACCUCGAGGCCGGGGCGGCCGAGCAGGACGACCCUGAGGCCACAGACAUCCGGAGGUGAAAGAGCAGGAGUCCAAAGUCCGGACCAUGACGCCAUCGUCCCUGUCCCCAGGACACACACAAACUGAGCAUCAGGACAACAGAUCUACCCCCUCACCCGAAACGACCCACCCCCUCCUGACACCUCUCGAUCCACCCUCUCUCCUCCUCAUCAACAGUCAUUCCAGCACUCAGCGGCGUAGUUCCUUUUGUUACUUGUAGGCAGAAGAAUAAUUUUUUUUGUUUGUUUGUUUUUGUUGAUAUUAUUAUUAUUAAAUAUUAUAAUAAGUAUUAUUAUUACCACAGCUAUAGCAUCACAAAUCAUAUUUAACGUAUGGUUUAUUCACAUUUUUAUUUAUUUUAUUCUUUAUGCAAUUUUUUUAAAUAUCAAAAUGUACAUAUAAAACACAUCUAUAUUUAUAUACGUGUAUAAAUAUAGUCACCAUAAGCAAUACAGAGAAACUAUAUGUAAUAAGGUGCAUAGAAUACUCCAUUAAUUACCAAUAAUUAGUUUCACUAGUACAACAACCACACUUUGGACUGUAGAUAUGUAACAUACAUUAUUUGUGUUUUGUGUUUCAAAGUUGGAACAUGUUGUUUGUAUCAUAAUUCUAAAUACUUGAUUAAAUACAUGCUGUACAGGAUUGAAGUGAAGACCUGGCACAUAGGCAAGCGUCAGAGAAAUAGC